CCAUAGUUGUCACGGUUCUAUAUGGAUCUUGUGGUCCAUAGACUGAGUCAGUUUCAGGAACGAGCACCUCCCCUUACACAGCAGAGCAGGAUGCGAAGGCCGCCGCCAUCCUAAGGAGAGAGAAGAGAGAAGGAGGAGGCCAAGAAGAAGGCCUUGAUAGAAGAACAUGCGACGAAGUUGAAGAAGAUCGAGGAGGAGAUAACCAGAGAAAAAGAGAGGUUAAAGAAAGAAGAAGAAGAACAGCUCAAGGCGGUAGAAGAGGAGGGAGAGGUAGAAGAACAGCCACUGGAAAGGCGAAGGACAGGAGGAAGAGUAGAAUCCGGUGGAACAAAGGAAGAUCAGAUGGAGAAGAAGAUUACGGAGUGGGUUGCUGGUUUAUCCCUGGGAGAAGAAGAUGAGGCACUAAUGUAUGUGCCCAGGGAAGAACAAGAGGCGACCAUGAGAGAGUGGGAUGCAGAAGAAGACCCACUCAAGCAGCAGGCAAUAGAAUAUGAGAAGAGGAUGGAGUGGAAGUUCCUGCUGACGAGGGAGAGGAAAAGGAGAAUGGAGGCGGCGAAAGAAUUGGAGGAGGUAAAGAAGCAAAAAGCACAGAUGGCGAUGCAGGUGGACCUUCUGGGGAAGAUGGAGAUCAUGGCGAGAAACAUAGAGAGCCUAGCCCAGGUCCAGGAAGAACAAUAUUUGUUUGGUAGAGGUCAGAACAUUGCCUUGCGCUCUCUACGUCUGGGACUCAGGGACUUUGCAAGGGAAUCAACGACGCAGGUGGGCUCAGAGGUGAAGGCCCGCCUAGAGGGCACAGAGCGUUAUUGCACGGGCGCCAUAGAAGGCGCCAGACUGGCUGCUCCCAAGCAGGAGGAAGCACGUCCCCGAAGGGAGGCUGUCAAGGUCAAGUUCCCAGACUCCUAUAGCAGGAAGAAAGAGGAUAAUUUUGAUGAUUGGGAAGCCAAUGUCAAAACUUACGUACAUCUGCAGAAGGUCUCCCCGGACGAGCAUGUUCUUAUAGCCGUUCAUGCCCUCCGAGACGAAGCAGUAAGCUUCGCCCGUUCCUUGUGUCGUGCUGCCAACUGUAAUGAUGAUUUAGUCGCUUAUUCUGUGUUCACUCCCCUCACUGACUUCCUUAAGUUAUUGCGCGAACGAUUCGCAGAUGUCUCACGCAGUGUCAAAGCCUUCGAUAGAUUCCAAACCAUCCACUCUUGUCAGUGGAAGAGUGCUAGAGCACUCAAGGGUGUGAUGGACGAGCUAGUCGCCGUCUCGGACCAUGGGGUCACUGAGACCCAACUGGUCAACCUCUUCUAUCGUGUGAUGCCCGAACAGCUGCGCGGGCAUUUCUUUGAGAAGAGUCAGCAGCCUAACAUGACCUACGACGCUUUGAGCAGGGAAGUGGUAGCCUUUGAAACGCGGUUCAUGUCAAUCUCCACUUUUUGGCAUAAGGACCUAGACAAAGGCAAAAAGUGGAAAGGUCGCACCAUCUCACGGCAGGUCAAGACCAAGGAUCGCUUGAUCCUUACCUUAGACGAGAGUGGUGUAGACGAAGUCCGCUACGAGUAGAUUGAGUGGGGGCUUGAGGAAGAGGAAAGUAGCAUUAGUCAAGGGAGGACCUACGCUGCUGUCGCGGCUGGAGGAAGGCCGCAAGGAGGAGGCAGAGGCCAGGGCCAAGGGGGCUGGGCCUCAGGGGGCCGUUCCCAGAGCGAUCACGGGGUUGGCGGUAGAUGAGGAAACCGCCAAGUGGGAGGAAGGGGUCAAGGUCCCCCGCAAAACCGUUCG